AUGGUUCAAGAACUAAACUUGCAGGUCAAAGGGGAACAGCUAGGAGUUGGUGCUCAUUUGAGCUUGCCGAAAGCAAUCAGAAUCUUUAGAGACAAAAGCAAAAUCAAAAAGAAAGUAACUAGUAGUGGUGAGGACAAAAUAGAAAAGAUGAGAAGAGCAUCCGACUCGGUUAUGAUAGUGGCUACUCUUGUAGCAACAGUAACAUUCGCUGCUGGAUUCACCAUACCUGGUGGAUACUAUCAAAGCAUUGAUAAAUACCCAGGAAUGGCAGUUCUAUCCAAAAAAUCAGCUUUCCAAGCAUUUAUGAUAUCAGAUACUUUAGCCCUGCUAUCGUCUGUCAUUGCUAUAUUUGUCAACUUUUGGGGAAUACUAGAUGGAAGAGAACACACACUUAAGAGGUCAAUCUUGAUGGCCAUUUUUUACACUGCGAGUGCCAUUGCAUGGAUGAUGGUCGCAUUUAGUACAGGGACUUAUGUGAUAUUGUCUCCAUCACGAACCCUUGCGAUCGCGGCAUGUUUUCUUGGUAUCUUGGCGGCAUUUUGUAAAACUCAAUCAUUUUUCAUCUUCCAAAUGCUUAAAGUGGGUUUUGAUCGCUCUUUGGGAUUGUCUGAAAACCUUAAAAAACUAAUAAAUUCUACCUUUCUGAACGAUGAAGACUGA